AUUAACAGACUGACCGCGUGUGUUCAGCAAACAAUAAAUAUGUUCAAGUUCACGAUUGUGGUGUUGGCGCUGAUUGCUGUAGCUGCCGCCUACCCAGGUUUCGGCGGCGGUUAUGAUCAAGGAUAUGGCCUUGGUUACGGCGGCGGUUACGGGCAAGGCGGAUAUUAUGAUCAAGGAUACGGUGGCCAUCAUGGCGGCUAUAACCACGGACAUGGCGGAUAUGGCCACGGCAGCCACGGCGGAUAUGGCCAUGGGAGCCAUGGCGGAUAUGGCCAUGGGAGCCAUGGCGGAUAUGGCGGAGACUACGGUGGAUACGAUUUUUAUUAAAGACUUUAUCUAACUGUUUAUACGACGUCAAAUAAAAAGAACUCUGACCUAGAUUCUGCGCAAUGGAUGAUUUAUCGAUCUAUUGGUAGUAAUUAGUAGGUACCUACGACCCUAUUUAUCUUUUUCGCCACGCGGUUGGUUUGUCAGCCAACCUUUCGCUGUA